CUAAACUUUAGCCCCUCAGCAAAUAGACCUCCAUAGCUCCUGCCCUCCCUCUCAGGCCUCAGGAGCUCUUAGCCUGGCUGGGCCUUCUAGGCCUUUCUACCCUUUGACUUGCUGCCCGUCUCACAUAUGGAGAACCCAGGACUGGUGGUGCGUGGGCAGGCUGCAUCCUUUUCCACAGCACUGCGAAGCCUUGUCAACAACGCCCUGUACAGUGGUGUUUGCUUUGUGGUUGGCCAAGGACGGCAAGAGGUGUUUGCCCACCGGUGCUUGCUGGCUUGUAGAUGCAGCUUCUUCCAGAGACUUUUGGGCCCUGGGGUACCUAGUCCCGUGGUGUUAAGCACUGUGCCGGCCGAGGCCUUCUUAGCCGUGCUGGAGUUCCUGUAUACCAACAGUAUCAAGCUGCACCGACACUCUGUGCUGGAGGUGCUGACAGCAGCCGUGGAAUAUGGGCUGGAGGAACUUCGAGAGCUAUGCCUGGAGUUUGUGGCGAAGGCGCUGGACGUGGAGCUGGUCUGUGAGGCUCUGCAGGUUGCCGUAACCUUUGGUCUGGGGCCAUUGCAGGAGCGUUGCAUAGCCUUCAUAGAGGCUCACAGCCAGGAGGCGCUCCGCACCCGUGGCUUCCUGGAACUGUCCGACCGCAGUGACCAGCUCUGCGUGGACGAGGCUGAGCUGGUACAGGCGGCCCGAAGCUGGGCCCGCGUGGGCGCCGCAGUGUUGGAGCAACCGGUGGCUGAGGUGGCGGCUCCGGUGGUUCGAGAGCUUAGACUGGCUUUGCUGUCCCCGGCGGAGCUAAGGGCCCUGGAGGAGCAGAAUCGACGGGAGCCGCUCAUCCCGGUUGAGCAAAUUGUGGAGGCAUGGAAGUGCCACGCCCUACGGAGAGGCGAUGCAGGCCGGGGCGCACCGUGCCGCAGGCGGAAGGGCACUCUACCCCGGGAUCACCACCACUUCCUGGACCUUCGUUUCAAAUGACUCACUUCUGGGACUUGCGAUGACUUUGACCACACUCUAAACUACAGCUCCCAAGGUACUCUGCGCUGGCGGCGGACUUCCGCUCCCGGCAGUCGCAGCGAACCUGAUGCCGGAAGUA